AUGGAAACCAUGGAAACCACUGGUGCUGACGUGUCCCAACUCCGUACUGCCUACAAUGUUGACACGUUCACCGAGGAUCAGCUCACCUCACACACAGACCCAUUCCAACAGUUCCAUUCCUGGUUCCAAGAAGCACUGGAAUCCAUACCCGAACCGCAAGCAAUGUGUAUCUCCACGGCAACCAGGGAUGGACGUCCGUCAAGUCGUAUGGUCCUCAUGAAAAAAUACGACCAAGAUGGAUUCCGUUUCUAUACCAAUUAUCUGAGCAGAAAAGGAUGUGAACUAACGGACAAUCCUAAUGCUUGCAUUCUGUUCUACUGGGAAAAGCUCCAUCGACAAGUUCGAAUUGAAGGCAAAGUGCAGCGUCUUUCAGAAGAAGAGUCUAUCAGUUAUUUCUCCACUAGACCAAGACCCAGUCAAGCCAGCGCAUGUGCUAGUAUGCAGAGCACCACUGUGACAAGUCGGAGAGAACUGGAGGAGAAGAUGCAAUCUAUUCUAGAAUUGUAUCCCAAGGGAACUCCCAUUCCAAAACCAGAUUAUUGGGGCGGCUACGUCCUGGUUCCAGACAUGUUUGAGUUUUGGCACGGACAAUCAUCACGGUUACACGAUCGUAUUGUAUUCACCAAGGACGAGCAAACUGGAAUAUGGGAACGAAAAAGACUAUCUCCUUAACAACUACACAUAAUUAUUACUGCUCACCCAUGCAGUGCGUGGAUUGUAUAUCCGCUACCUGAUAAGACUAAUGUCUUAUGUGUGUGUGUGUGUGUGUGUGCUAUUAUUAUUAAUCAUGUUUUAGGUGACUGAC